CACCAACCAAGAGCAAUAAAUUCUGAAACCACAUUGAUUCUUCCACGUGUACUUAAAACUCCCGCGUCUUAAUCUAUCCGUUAAACCUUAACGUUAACUCUCUCUCCUCUCUCUCUGCAACUCGCCUCCCCGUUGAAGAAGGAAAAGAAAAAAGAAGGGAAAAGAAAAAGAUUCAAGAAAUUUUUUUUUCCUGUUAUUGAUUUAAAGAAAAAUAAAAAAAUGGGAAAGUUGUUGUGCGAUUCAACAGCAGCCGUUGCCGAAACGACAUUUCAAACGCCAACUUCACCGGCUGUUCAUUGGAGGGACGAUCCAAAAGCCACCGUAGAUCUCUCAGAACAAACUCUGACCAUCGCCGCACAACCUACGUGGGAGGACGUGAUUGGGUUGGAAGACCAGCAAAGACGCCACUUACAAAGGCUCCAAACCAAAGGAGUGCUAUGGAAGCAUCCCAAGAACGACGAUUCGUUUCCGGCGGUGGUAUUCAGGCUGUCGCAUGGGGGAGACGUUUCGGCGGACGGGAACUGCCUGUUCACGGCCUCGCAGAGGGCGAUGGCGGCGCGUGAGCUGGACGCGCGGAAGCUGAGGAGUAGGACGGUGAGGAGGUUUGUAGAGGACUUUGGAUCUGUUAGCGGGGAAGAGAAGGAAGUGAUAAAUGGUGCUAUAAAGCAUAUGUAUGCGCCGGAUCUGAAGAACGGGUGGGGGAUACAUGUCGUUCAAGAGAUUAAACUCUUAGCCAACAAAGAAGAUCGUGUUGCGCUAGAUUCUGCUAUCGAGGAGCUUGUUCUCUUAGGGAUGCAAAGAGAAAUGGCGGCAGAGUCAAUAUACAAAGAGAGGUGUAUAGCGGUGAAUGAUGGCCCGAGUUGGGCAAAAUACAUGUUGAUCUCUGGUUCACCUGAUGAUGAGGAUGAUAUCAUCACUUUGCAGUAUACCGAGGAAGGUUUAUUAUCUGUAGAUGAGAAUAGAGAAGGUCAUGCUGCUGCUUUUGGUGAUGAUAUUGCAAUUGAGUGUCUUGCAACAGAGUUCAAGCGUGAAAUCUAUGUAGUGCAGGCACAUGGAUCUGAUGCAAUGGUUGACGAAGAAAAUUGUGUCUUCUUUCUCCCACAUCGUCCCAGGACUGAAAUUUGUGAACCCCCCUUCUUUCUCUUUAUGAAAGGAACAGGCUGGUGUGGUGCUGGAGCUGAUCACUACGAGCCUUUAAUUGCUCAGCCAUCUUCACUUGUUUCCCAGGAGAAGGUUGCUUUUGUCCUUUGAGGGAAUUAGUCCCUGCAGUUUUGUGACCUAGAGAGAGAGGUUGAAUAGAAGUAGCCGCCGUAUUUGUUUUUCUCCACAGAGUUAGACUUGCAAUGUUCUCCUGAUAUUUUUUUCCCAAAUAAUCAGGAGGAUAUGAUUGCAUGACACAAUUUUUUGUUAAGAUCAUUUAGCAUCGAUCAUUCGACUCCCAGGUUCACUGCCUGCACUUGUAGUAUUUGUAGUGAGUUGUAUCGGCAUUUGUUAUUGUUGCUGAGUUUUCAUAGGGUGCUUGUAUGAUCUUGAAUUUCUGGCCAAGGAUGGAACAGUGCUUGUAUGUUCAAAGUUUAAUUUGACUGAUUAAUUUCAUCUAUGCACCACAAUUGUGGAACUA